CCGCUGAGGAGGAGUCUGCCGAGGAGGAGCCCCAGGAAGAGGAAGAGGAGGAGGAAGAAGAGGAGGAAGAGGAGGAGGAGGAGCCCGAGGACCCCAAGCCCAAGAUCGAGGAGGGUGAGUUUGAUAUAUUCCUUGCUACCAGCCGAUGCCUGUCUUUGGGUCGCAUUGAGCUUCGACUUUGAGUUCACAACUGGGAACCCGCCGCCGCCGCAAUGACUUGUCCUCGACAUAUCAGACAACACCACCGGACCUGGACAUUCGACUGUCUCUUUGAGUCCGCGCGGAUGAUACCACCAAGUAUCCUUCAUUUGUUAUUGGCGGCGGUGCCAGAAUGGCGCAAUUCAAUGCUUUCCAUACUCAAUUGGACCAGUUGUGCUGACGUCUCUACCCCAAUAACAGAGUGCGCCAAUUCCGCUCAGUGCGCCCCCUACAAGCACCACUUCGAUGAGUGCAUUGAGCGCGUAACCAAGCAGGAGGAGGAUGAGGACUACAAGGGUCCCAAGGAGGACUGUGUUGAGGAGUUCUUCCACCUCACGCACUGCGCCACUCAGUGCGCCGCCCCCAAGCUCUGGAAGCAGCUCGCCUAAACGAGCUAUGACUUUGAACGAUGGAUCUCUUUUUCCUCUCUCCCCUGCGCGACGUGUCUGAGUCACGACCACCGCUCGAUCUCGAUUGUACCACAACGAAAGAAAAGCACGCUCGCGCGGAGGAAGGGCACGAAGAGGGCAAAAUCUCGUACUCCAAGGAAGACGACCAUUUUCAAGUCAAAGUCUAGAGUGUUGUAUGAUGGCUUUUUUCUUUUGUUGUUCCAGGACGGAGAGUUCAAAAAAAAAAAACGGGUGUGUCAACCUGCUGCUGAAACCACGGAUUAGGUCUUGUGUUUUUUUUUUUCCUCUCCUGCCUGCUGCAUGGAUAGAUGAACACGAUUAGAAUGGAGGAAAAUUGCACCCUUCUUUUUCUCUUUCGUCUUUUCGUGAGGUGAUGCGAAUUUCGGGGGGAAACGG